AUAUAGGCUUCUCUCGUAUCUACAAAAUAAGAAUUGCAAAACCCUUAAUUGAGCGUUCUGUUUCUUCAAAGGUUGGAUUUUCACAGUUCCCAAUCGUGAAUACAACAAGAACAUCUUCUGAACUCUGAGUUGUGACUGGGAGAGUAGGAGCUUGCCGAGCAGCCAAGGGCAUAGCAACCAAUAUAAGAGCUGCAGGUAACAACUGUUUAUUAGCGGUUCUGUUGGUUUGUAUCUAAUGCAAGCUGUUGAACACAUAUCUAUUUGUUAACAUGUUUUCAGAGUUUGAACACGCUAAAGGGGGAGAAUUUUAUAUUUAUUGGUUUGUAUUGCCAACAGUUGUUUGUAGCAAAACAAGUAACAGUUAGAACACUCUUAACAAUCAUUCCCAACUACGAGCUUUUACUUCCAGGACACAUGAAACGCAGCAUAAAUAGUUGAAACAGGGACCUUUUACUAUGGUUUAUUUGCAUGGCGGCCAUAUUGUAUUCUGAACUCUGUUCUUCUUGGUUUUCCAACUCUGAACUCGAAUAAUCCAAGUUUCAAUCUAGUGCCAACACUUGUUCAUGCUGGGUAAGGAAAGACUUGUUUGGAACUGCAUCUCCCACAAUCCCCUGCUGCUAAGUGAGGUCACGUGAAUCGCAGACGCCGGUGUCAGCAGAGUCGGUCUGACAGCAACAAACUGGAUGUAAAGUUUUAGCGUAAUUUUCCGCCCUCGGCUCGUUCCUGGACUUUAUCGCAGGCGGCAGUCGGUCGUGAUGACUCCGCCGCUGCUGCUGUCCGUUGGAGGAAGAGGAAGAGGAAGGAGCUGAUGAUGAUGAGGGUGAGGGUGAUGAUGACAUGCAGUUAGCUGGCUGCCCGGCUGGCUGACGGACGGAUCGGAGCCUCCGGCAGACAGAGCGGUGUCUCCCCCGGCAAAGAAGCGCAGGAUCCCGGCUAAGAGUGUCCAGCAUGCCGCGGAGGAAGCAGUCCAACCCCCAGCCGGUGAAAGUGGAGUUGGGGGAUGGAGCGGCACUGUGUGAGCCGAGCUGCCUGGUUCUGGAGAGCGACUUCCUGCUGAACGCAGAGCUGGAGUUUGGAGACUCGGAGAUCAUGGGCCUGGACAGAGACGCAGGUGUGACUGUUUUCUCUCUGAGCGUGGAGGAGGACGAGCCCUCAGCACCUUCAGCCUCCACCUUCCCUGCGUUCCUCUCCUGUAAGGGCUGUGGUCAGCUGCUGGGGGACACUCCUCUGGGAGCCAGACUGGGGCUCGGUGUGGGGCUGGACCUGGGGGCGGAGCUUUACUGUCUCACCUGUGAGGAGAACCAGCAGAACUCCAUCCCCUCCUCUCAGGAGGACAGCUCUGCGCCCUCUGAAGGAACCGUCAAGAAGAAGAAAUCCGUCAGUAAGACCGACAUCCCCUCCAAGCUGUUCUCAUGCUCUUUGUGCGCCUUCACCUCGCGCUACUCCAACCACCUGAAGCGCCACAUGAGGAUCCACGACGGCCAAAAACCCUACCACUGCCCCGUCUGCCCGUACUCGUCGGCCCAGCUCGUCAACCUGCAGCGCCACCUCCGCACCCACACCGGGGAGAAACCCUACCGCUGUCCACAGUGCAGCUACGCCUGCAGUUCCCUGGGCAACCUGCGGAGGCACCAGCGCAUGCACACGCAGGAGAGGCCGCCGAGGAGGGAGAGGGAGAAGAAACAGGGGAGGAGGAGAAAGACGAAAGGUGGAAGUGAAGAAGAGCUGACUCUGAGAGUGUCCCAGGAGUCCUCCUACCUCCACACACUGGGUGGUCUCGGCUCUCCCUCCGGGCCCCUCCCGGUGCUACUCUUUCCCCUGUGCUGCCAGGUGUGCGGCCUCACCCUGGAGGAGGCUGACCUGGAGGGGGACAAGGGCGAGGGGGAGGCGGAGGGUGACGGAGGACAGGUGUGUCGGCGCUGCUCGCCAGACCUGUUCUCCAAAGAUGGGGCCCUCUGCAGCCCUGACGCUCCUCAGGGGUCCCAUCGGCGUCAGAGGGGCAGCAAGCUGUACCGCUGCCCCCACUGCCCCUUCCUGUCCCACUACCCCAACCACCUGAAUCGCCACUCCCACACACACUCUGAGGAGAAACCCCACUGCUGCCCCCACUGCUCCUACACCUCCUCCCACCUCGACAACCUCAAGCGCCACAUGCGCGUGCACACGGGCGAGAAGCCCUACCAGUGCCCAUCGUGCAGCUACGCCUGCGGUAACCUGGCCAAUCUGCGGCGCCACGAGCGCAUCCACUCGGGGGCCAAGCCCUUCCACUGCGGCGUCUGCAGCUACUCCUGCAACCAGAGCAUGAACCUGAAGAGGCACAUGCUGAGGCACACGGGCGAGAAGCCGUACGCCUGCGCAGAGUGCGGCUACACCACGGGCCACUUGGACAACUACAAACGGCACCAGAGGAAGCAUGGACACAACACGGACAGCUGGGACAAGCACAACCCCAUCAAUAGGCUGAGCUUGGGCCCAGAGGUUCCAGAGAGACAGAGUCUGGAGCAGGAGGAGCGCUAGAUCUUCUGCAGCCAUCAGUCAAAUGAGACAAAACUGAGACGAGUCAUUUCUUCAAGUUCAUAAAAACAAAAAGGUCAAUUAAACUUAAACAGAACAUUUGUCCCUAAACAUUUGUCCCUAAAGACAGCAGUUUAACUAAUGUCUUCAGGAACCAGAUUUCUGUCCCGCUUUGGUUUCCCAGUAGCAACAACAAACCCUAGCAAAGCCUGCUGGGAUUUUUCUUCUUCUUCUGCUGAAAAGACACUGAUUCAGAUUGAAACACUGUGAGUCAUCCGUUCGGGUUGCUGCUGACUAAAUUAAAAUGGACAAAUAGUAGAAGAAGAAACACCACAGUGCCUGUCCUGUGAGGAAGCCCGUUUCUGCCUCGUCUUCCUCACAGAGGAGCUCAGACUCAUAACUUUCUGCCUUUGCAGGAAUAAAACCAUAAAACGUCUGCAAAGAGAAACGUUUUAAUGUCAAACCUGCAAACAAAACUGAUUCACUUUAAUGGACUGUGGCUGCACUGGUUUAUAUAUGCAGUAUAAUGUGUGUUUGGGUGGGUGUGUGUGUGUGUGUGUGUGUUGUUAAUCCACUGGCUGGCCUGCAGCUCAGGUUGGAGCUAAACUCAGGAGCCUUUACCAGAUUGUACUGCUGCACUGACUGCUUUAAAACGAGCAUUAAUGCGUUUUAUUUACACUGAUAUUAACCAGAGAUGUGAACUCUUUUCCUCUACAUCUAUAUUUUCUAAAGAUGGUCUCUAUUUUAUUUAACUCUGGAUCAUCUCAGCAGCUUUAAGGUUUAUGUUUUUAUUCUGGGUUGUCUGCUGCUGCUGUCCUGUGUUUCUAUUGGCUGAGUCUGUUUUCUGCUAACCAGAGAUACUCGUGGUGCCUGUGGCCACAUCACUGUCAGUAGUAGAUCACUGUGAGCUCAGGGCAAAUUAAAUCAACUUUAAACAUAAAAAAAUAAAGAAUGUUUGCAGCUUUUUUAAUUUCAAGCUGGAUAUUUUGGGCUUAAAUGUUUAUAAAUUCCAGUUGUAUUUGGUUAUUAUGUUUUUGCUUGAAAACAUUAGUAGUUUCCUGAAUAAAAGUCAAAAAAAUGACAAA